CCACCUAAACGAGUGGUUGCUUCUGCAUUCCCAUGGAUUUUCGAUAGGCUCCACAAUAACAAAACACCCACCAACGAAAUUUAGAAACUCAAAACCCAAAAUUAUAGGGUUUCCAAAUGAUUUUCUAACUUCAAAAUUCCCACAUACCACACACCUCUUUCUCCUCUGUUAGAUUAGUAGGAAGAGUGAGUGGUGAUGAAUGGGGUAACCGAAAGAUCAAAUUAUUAGUAGAAAGAGUGGUUGAAGAGAGAUGAGUUUGCAAUGGUGUCUAUGGCAAGCAGAAAUCUUUCAUUAACAUCCCUUCACAGGAAUCUUUAUAAUAGUUUCAAUUGCAGUUUAAAUCCUUCAAGAAGACACUCACCAAAUUCUGGUUUUCUUCCUGAUACUCGACCUUCUUACAAUACACUUGUUUACCAGGCAGUGAAACUUUUAGGCCCUCCAGCAACCUUUUAUCCCUCAAAACUACAAGUUGUUUUCAAGGGAGAAGAAACCGAUCAGUUCACAAGAAUUCUCCCAAGAACCUACAACCUUUCCCAUUGUGACUUCACUGCUAACCUCACCUUAACCAUCUCAAACGUUAUUCAUCAUGACCAGCUGAGAGGGUGGUAUAAUAAGGACGAUGUAGUAGCUCGGUGGGCUGAAGUGAAAGGUCAUAUGUGUCUUGAUGUUCAUUGCUAUGUUAGUGGACCGAAUUCCUUGCUAGACCUUGUUGCAGAGUUCAGAUACUACAUUUUCGCAAAGGAAUUGCCAUUGGUUCUUGAAGCAGUGUUGUAUGGGGAUCGUGUUCUAUUCAGUCAACAUAAAGAGUUAAUGGAUGCAUUUGUUCGGGUCUUUUUUCACUCAAGUUCAAGAAAGUACAAUCGAGUAGAGUGUUGGGGUCCUCUCAAAGAUGCUGCUAAGGGAAGAGUAGGGGAUCAAAUGCAAGGUUUAUUUGGUGGAAACAUGGAAUCAUCUACACCUCCAAUGUAA